CGCAGUUAACCGUUAGGGAUAGUAUGGUUCUUCUCUUCACGAUCCUACGAAUUGGUGAUAUCUAGUGUAUUGUGAAGCUAAUAAAGUAAACACCUACCACACAAGGAUAUAAUAUAAUGAUUAUACAGAAGUGUGCUAUAGUAGCCAUACUUAUAAGUUAUGUGGAAGCAUUUUCUGAAACCAGUGUUUAUCUAAAGUCAUCAGAUAUAUUUAUGAACAAGCUUGUCACUUCUAGCACAUUAAGGUGGAUAAGUGCAGAGAAAGGCUCACAUCCAGAAACUGCUGUAGAAGGAACAUUUGAGACAGUAAAAAAUGAAUUAGGUGGCCUCUUCCAAAGGAAAAUUUAUAUAUGCAGAGCUAAACAUAUAGGAAUGGGAAAAUGGGUUCCAGGACAAUUAAAAACUGGUAGUGGAGGAUGUUUGAUUUCUCAGCAUGACAAAGUAGAAACAUAUGAAAAAUACGAAGUUUUAGAAAAUGUAGAAGGAGGGGCACGACUGAGUUGGGGGAAAUGGAGCAAACUGAGUGAUGUACCAGUUGGAGCUGUUUCUGCUGGAGAAUCUUAUGUAGCUAGAAAGAAAAUAAAACUAGAUGAUGAUCCAAAUACUGAGAGCUUGGGUGUUACGCAUUUAAUAGGAAAACUUACUGAUUAUAGUGGUUUUGCUAAAUUAACAGCAGUGAAUGAGGAAGGAAAAGAACAAGAUUUCACAGAAGGUGAAAUUUUAAUGGAAACAGAACCCAUACGCUAUGAACUUACAAAUAUUAAGUUCACCACCAUUAAUAAUAAUAAGAAAACUGUGAAAAAACAGACAGUAGAUCUUGGUAAACAUACUUUAGAAAAUACCCAAAAUAUCUCAGGAAAAGUUGAUAUGGUGAUUGGUUUUGAUGCAAAUAGUUCUGUAUACUGGGGACAAGGCAAAGCCAUGCUAAAAGGAUUGACAACUGUUAUCAGGAACUCAACAAGUAAUCACCUAGAAGAGAUCAAAUGGGGAAUCAGUGAAGAUGAAAAUCGGCAAAAUGUCUGCAAGGUAGAAAUGUUUUUACACCCAGGAACAGCAGUAAAUGUUACUUUAAAAGGAAUUAUUACAGAAACAGAGACACCUUACACGGCAAAACUCAUUGCAAUAUACCAAGAUGGGGCACAUGGAGCUAGAACCAUUCAAGGAAUACACCAAGAAAUUAGAAUGACAGAUACAAAACCUGAAUUCAGUGAUAUAUUUUUCACAGGAAAUUUCUCAUUGGUUCCUACAACUACUACUACAACUACCACAACCACAACUCUUGUUCCCACAACAUUACAAUUGACAACUGAGAGUAACAGUAUUUCUACAAAUGAAAUAAGUGAUGAUAGCAAGAGAGAGAAAACCAUGAUGAAUGAUGAGGGUUCACGCUUAAAUGCCACUAAUAAAACUAUUUCUACUGCGGGUAGUAGCACUGCUUCUUCUCUUAAUUAUGGAUAUAAACUAUUAAUCACAUUAUUUUUGGUUACAUUAUGGAGGAAACAGAUAUAAAUGUAAAAUUAUGUUUUAGAAGUACUUCCAUGUGUUACAAAAGUGGAACUUGUUAUUUAGCUCUUUUUCAAAAUUCAUAAUUUUUACUGUACCUGUCAAUGUUGAUUAUUAUAGUUUUUAAAUAUGUAUUCCUAUUCAACUAAAUUUCUAUAGCCCAUUUAAAAAUAUAUAUAAAAUAAAAUAAAUAGUAAGCUUUGUCAAUGCAACUAGUAAAUAGACCAAAAUUCAAAUUAAAAAACAAAAGAACUUGCAUUGGUGUGAAAGCUUUUCUGGUUGAAAUAAUCUUUUUUAGUGGUAUUGUUAUUAUUAUAUGUAAUUGUAUGUAUUAUAAUGUAUAGAAAGAAAGAAUUGUAAAAAUUGUUACCCAAAUAGAAAUUUAAAACACCCAAUUAUUGGACUGAUAACAUAAUAAUAUUGUAAAUUGUAGAUCACUCUACAGGAAAUGUAUAAAUAAGAUUAGGAUAAUAGCUUAGCAUGUAUUAAAUAAAAUUGCCGAUAAAGAAAGGUGUUAUGUUUAGAUAUUAUGUGAUUUAUUAUAUUUGAAUUUGCAGAUGUUAAGCAUAUUAUAUUUUUGUAAACUUAUUAUAUUUAAGGAAUUACUUUAAUUUUAUCAGGUGUAUAAGUCUGAGCAAAUCUACUGCACAAUCAUUAUAUAUUGCAAUGCAAAACUUAGAUGCUAAAAGUUAAUUAUUUUUGUACGGUUAAUUUUUGUUUGUCGAACCCAUGAAAUGAGUUAGUGUACAUUGAUCUGUUUCAGUAUUUAUUUUAUGCAACAUAAAAAAAAAAAAAAGUUUGUUUCAUGAUUACUGCAUUAAAUUACUCUAUAUAAAUAUACUACAUCCCAAACUGAAUAUUAUGUAUAUGUUUUUCAAAACAAUUAUAAACCAGAUAAGUAGUAGUUGCUUAUUCUGGCAUUUUUAGAUAGUAAAUUAAAAAUGAUUAAAUUAUAAAAAUUGUCACGAGUGUUAUGUUUCCGAGUGUUAAUGAAUAUAUUCAAACUAUACUAUUCGGGAUUGAUAGCUUGAAAUUAAUAUUUAAAGGAUUUCCUUCUAUAGGAUACCUCAGAUUUAUUUUAUCUUGUUCAAGUUUUUAAGUACAAUUUUUUUUUUUCAAAAUGUUAUAAUAUUUUAAUUAAACAAUUAAACCUUUUUUGUCACCAGUGUUAGAUCACAAGUGUUACCAUAUAUAGUUGGUGAUGCAUUUUGUGCAACACUGUUAAUCUCUUAUGAGUAUUAUCUCAGUUCUGGACUACAUAGGUUUUUCACAAAAAAAAGUAUGUUUAUUGUUACAGGUGUCCAUGUAAAUACUUAGAAAUACCAAUAAUUAAACCUAUUGCACAAGAUAAAAUCUACAGCAACAGGUAAUUUGCAUUUGUUCUAGCAAAGAGGAUAAAAAUAUCAGUCCUGAGCAACCACUUGUUGAAUUCAAAAUGUCAUAUUGUUACUUAUCACUAGUGUUACAUUAGUAUAGUGUCACCAAGAUAAUAGUUGUGCUGAAUAGGUUUUGAAGGAAAAAUAUUAAACAAAUUUAUUUGUUGUUACUAGAUAAGUGUCUGGAAACAUGUGAUUUUUUUUAAAAUAAAAAAACAACAUGUG